AUGCCUCCAAGUCGCAAUCGUGCUGAAUUCCUUAGUAGGUCUGCUAAGAUGGACUCUCAAAGAGCAUUAUGGAAUAGCCCAAAGAGAUCAUUUGCUUGGUCUGAUUCUCCCACUAAAGUUUCGGGCCUGGCUAAAAGGAAGGCCAUGGUCGAAACCCAAGUUUCAACACUGGGAAGAGUGAGAAAAUCUCUUGCUCUUGCCUUACUGUGUCGAACCAAAGGAGAAAGCUACGAGGAAGAAGGAGAGAUCCUCCACGUCAAAUCAAAACAGGGAAUCAAGGACGUUGAAGGAUUCUUUCGAUGCCGGAAGUCAACUUAUGGUGAGGGUUUCGAGCCUCAAAUAGGUUUGGUCUUACCACACACCGUUAAGGGACCACAAGCAUGCCAGCAGGACCGGGACUACUAUUCGACCUUCCACAGUGUGCCAUACCGUAAGAGGUUCUCAAAGAAUGAAUAUGAAGAUUUUACGAGAGAAUCUACCAGGCAAGGCAUUGCCGAGUUGGCAUCCUCGCCUGAUUUCACUAAUUGGGUCGUUGAAAAUGCUAGCCGAAUACAACUCCUUCCAGAUGAUAGCUUAGAUGACAGUAUGGAGAGUGGAUCAGGUUCUUCAGAAGAGACCGUUGUAGAGGGUGGCAGUGGGCUUAACCUUUUCAAGUGGUACUAACCUGAGGAUCCGUUCCCUGGAAGGAGAACGAAUUAUUAUCAUUCAGGUCUUUCAUGCUGGGCAUAAACUAAUUAUUCCUUUGGCUACGCGCUCGAAUAGGGUAAAAUCACUGCUGGGCUUUGUAGCAGUUGGUGCAGUUUAGAAUACUGACCUUUUCACUUUCUUGAGGGUUUUUUUUUUUCCUGAUUACGUUCAAUUUCUUAGGUUAGGUGAUGGAUAAUUUGUCAUUGUCAAUGGUAAUAACAGCCGGCAUCAUCUGGCAAUUUUGUAAAGAAACAAACAGGCCUUAGUGUCACAUGAAAAGUUGAUCUCUUGCUGUAUAUAUUUUCUUCUUUAUUGGACCAACAACCACCUUUAGCCUACUGAA